AUGCUGCUGUGGCUCCAGGCCUCGUCUAAGGUCUACAGCAGGUCUCUGAGGUUCAGGUCUGAGGUCUACAGCAGGUCUCUGAGGUUCAGGUCUGAGGUCUACAGCAGGUCUCUGAGGUUCAGGUCUGAGGUCUACAGCAGGUCUCUGAGGUUCAGGUCUGAGGUCUACAGCAGGUCUCUGAGGUUCAGGUCUGAGGUCUACAGCAGGUCUCUGAGGUUCAGGUCUGAGGUCUACAGCAGGUCUCUGAGGUUCAGCUCUGAGGUCUACAGCAGGUCUCUGAGGUUCAGGUCUGAGGUCCACAGCAGGUCUCUGAGGUUCAGGUCUGAGGUCCACAGCAGGUCUCUGAGGUUCAGGUCUGAGGUCUACAGCAGGUCUCUGAGGUUCAGGUCUGAGGUCCACAGCAGGUCUCUGAGGUUCAGGUCUGAGGUCUACAGCAGGUCUCUGAGGUUCAGGUCUGAGGUCUACAGCAGGUCUCUGAGGUUCAGGUCUGAGGUCCACAGCAGGUCUCUGAGGUUCAGGUCUGAGGUCCACAGCAGGUCUCUGAGGUUCAGGUCUGAGGUCUACAGCAGGUCUCUGAGGUUCAGGUCUGAGGUCUACAGCAGGUCUCUGAGGUUCAGGUCUGAGGUCCACAGCAGGUCUCUGAGGUUCAGGUCUGAGGUCUACAGCAGGUCUCUGAGGUUCAGGUCUGAGGUCUACAGCAGGUCUCUGAGGUUCAGGUCUAAGGUCUACAGCAGGUCUCUGAGGUUCAGGUCUGAGGUCUACAGCAGGUCUCUCAGGUUCAGGUCUGAGGUCUACAGCAGGUCUCUGAGGUUCAGGUCUGAGGUCCACAGCAGGUCUCUGAGGUUCAGGUCUGAGGUCUACAGCAGGUCUCUGAGGUUCAGGUCUGAGGUCUACAGCAGGUCUCUGAGGUUCAGGUCUGAGGUCUACAGCAGGUCUCUGAGGUUCAGGUCUGAGGUCUACAGCAGGUCUCUGAGGUUCAGGUCUGAGGUCUACAGCAGGUCUCUGAGGUUCAGGUCUGAGGUCUACAGCAGGUCUCUGAGGUUCAGGUCUGAGGUCUACAGCAGGUCUCUGAGGUUCAGGUCUGAGGUCUACAGCAGGUCUCUGAGGUUCAGGUCUGAGGUCUACAGCAGGUCUCUGAGGUUCAGGUCUGAGGUCUACAGCAGGUCUCUGAGGUUCAGGUCUGAGGUCUACAGCAGGUCUCUGAGGUUCAGGUCUGAGGUCUACAGCAGGUCUCUGAGGUUCAGGUCUGAGGUCUACAGCAGGUCUCUGAGGUUCAGGUCUAAGGUCUACAGCAGGUCUCUGAGGUUCAGGUCUGAGGUCCACAGCAGGUCUCUGAGGUUCAGGUCUGAGGUCCACAGCAGGUCUCUGAGGUUCAGGUCUGAGGUCUACAGCAGGUCUCUGAGGUUCAGGUCUGAGGUCUACAGCAGGUCUCUGAGGUUCAGGUCUGAGGUCCACAGCAGGUCUCUGAGGUUCAGGUCUGAGGUCUACAGCAGGUCUCUGAGGUUCAGGUCUGAGGUCUACAGCAGGUCUCUGAGGUUCAGGUCUAAGGUCUACAGCAGGUCUCUGAGGUUCAGGUCUGAGGUCUACAGCAGGUCUCUGAGGUUCAGGUCUGAGGUCUACAGCAGGUCUCUGAGGUUCAGGUCUGAGGUCUACAGCAGGUCUCUGAGGUUCAGGUCUGAGGUCUACAGCAGGUCUCUGAGGUUCAGGUCUGAGGUCUACAGCAGGUCUCUGAGGUUCAGGUCUGAGGUCUACAGCAGGUCUCUGAGGUUCAGGUCUGAGGUCUACAGCAGGUCUCUGAGGUUCAGGUCUGAGGUCUACAGCAGGUCUCUGAGGUUCAGGUCUGAGGUCUACAGCAGGUCUCUGAGGUUCAGGUCUAAGGUCUACAGCAGGUCUCUGAGGUUCAGGUCUGAGGUCCACAGCAGGUCUCUGAGGUUCAGGUCUGAGGUCCACAGCAGGUCUCUGAGGUUCAGGUCUGAGGUCUACAGCAGGUCUCUGAGGUUCAGGUCUGAGGUCUACAGCAGGUCUCUGAGGUUCAGGUCUGAGGUCCACAGCAGGUCUCUGAGGUUCAGGUCUGAGGUCUACAGCAGGUCUCUGAGGUUCAGGUCUGAGGUCUACAGCAGGUCUCUGAGGUUCAGGUCUAAGGUCUACAGCAGGUCUCUGAGGUUCAGGUCUGAGGUCUACAGCAGGUCUCUGAGGUUCAGGUCUGAGGUCUACAGCAGGUCUCUGAGGUUCAGGUCUGAGGUCUACAGCAGGUCUCUGAGGUUCAGGUCUGAGGUCUACAGCAGGUCUCUGAGGUUCAGGUCUGAGGUCUACAGCAGGUCUCUGAGGUUCAGGUCUGAGGUCUACAGCAGGUCUCUGAGGUUCAGGUCUAAGGUCUACAGCAGGUCUCUGAGGUUCAGGUCUGAGGUCUACAACAGGUCUCUCAGGUUCAGGUCUGAGGUCUACAGCAGGUCUCUGAGGUUCCGGUCUGAGGUCCACAGCAGGUCUCUGAGGUUCAGGUCUGAGGUCUACAGCAGGUCUCUGAGGUUCAGGUCUGAGGUCUACAGCAGGUCUCUGAGGUUCAGGUCUGAGGUCUACAGCAGGUCUCUGAGGUUCAGGUCUGAGGUCUACAGCAGGUCUCUGAGGUUCAGGUCUGAGGUCUACAGCAGGUCUCUGAGGUUCAGCUCUGAGGUCUACAGCAGGUCUCUGAGGUUCAGGUCUGAGGUCUACAGCAGGUCUCUGAGGUUCAGGUCUGAGGUCUACAGCAGGUCUCUGAGGUUCAGGUCUGAGGUCUACAGCAGGUCUCUGAGGUUCAGGUCUGAGGUCUACAGCAGGUCUCUGAGGUUCAGGUCUGAGGUCCACAGCAGGUCUCUGAGGUUCAGGUCUGAGGUCUACAGCAGGUCUCUGAGGUUCAGGUCUGAGGUCUACAGCAGGUCUCUGAGGUUCAGGUCUGAGGUCUACAGCAGGUCUCUGAGGUUCAGGUCUGAGGUCUACAGCAGGUCUCUGAGGUUCAGCAGAGGAGACAGAGGAGAGAGAGGAGGUGUUAGUGAAGCAGAGGAGAAAGAGGAGAGAGAGGAGGUGUUAGUGAAGCAGAGGAGACAGGAGAGAGGAGGUGUUAGUGAAGAAGAGGAGACAGAGGAGAGAGGAGGUGUUAGUGAAGCAGAGGAGACAGAGGAGAGAGGAGGUGUUAGUGAAGAAGAGGAGACAGGAGAGAGGAGGUCUGAGGUCUACAGCAGGUCUCUGAGGUUCAGGUCUGAGGUCUACAGCAGGUCUCUGAGGUUCAGGUCUGAGGUCUACAGCAGGUCUCUGAGGUUCAGCUCUGAGGUCUACAGCAGGUCUCUGAGGUUCAGGUCUGAGGUCUACAGCAGGUCUCUGAGGUUCAGCUCUGAGGUCUACAGCAGGUCUCUGAGGUUCAGGUCUGAGGUCUACAGCAGGUCUCUGAGGUUCAGGUCUGAGGUCUACAGCAGGUCUCUGAGGUUCAGGUCUGAGGUCUACAGCAGGUCUCUGAGGUUCAGGUCUGAGGUCUACAGCAGGUCUCUGAGGUUCAGGUCUGAGGUCUACAGCAGGUCUCUGAGGUUCAGGUCUGAGGUCUACAGCAGGUCUCUGAGGUUCAGGUCUGAGGUCUACAGCAGGUCUCUGAGGUUCAGGUCUGAGGUCUACAGCAGGUCUCUGAGGUUCAGGUCUGAGGUCUACAGCAGGUCUCUGAGGUUCAGGUCUGAGGUCUACAGCAGGUCUCUGAGGUUCAGGUCUGAGGUCUACAGCAGGUCUCUGAGGUUCAGGUCUGAGGUCUACAGCAGGUCUCUGAGGUUCAGGUCUGAGGUCUACAGCAGGUCUCUGAGGUUCAGGUCUAAGGUCUACAGCAGGUCUCUGAGGUUCAGGUCUAAGGUCUACAGCAGGUCUCUGAGGUUCAGGUCUGAGGUCUACAGCAGGUCUCUGAGGUUCAGGUCUGAGGUCUACAGCAGGUCUCUGAGGUUCAGGUCUGAGGUCUACAGCAGGUCUCUGAGGUUCAGGUCUGAGGUCUACAGCAGGUCUCUGAGGUUCAGGUCUAAGGUCUACAGCAGGUCUCUGAGGUUCAGCAGAGGAGACAGAGGAGAGAGAGGAGGUGUUAGUGAAGCAGAGGAGAAAGAGGAGAGAGAGGAGGUGUUAGUGAAGCAGAGGAGACAGAGGAGAGAGGAGGUGUUAGUGAAGAAGAGGAGACAGGAGAGAGGAGGUGUUAGUGAAGCAGAGGAGACAGAGGAGAGAGGAGGUGUUAGUGAAGAAGAGGAGACAGAGGAGAGAGGAGGUGUUAGUGAAGAAGAGGAGACAGGAGAGAGGAGGUUGAAGAAGAGGAGACAGAGGAGAGAGGAGGUGUUAGUGAAGCAGAGGAGACAGAGGAGAGAGGAGGUGUUAGUGAAGCAGAGGAGACAGAGGAGAGAGGAGGUGUUAGUGAAGCAGAGGAGACAGAGGAGAGAGGAGGUGUUAGUGAAGCAGAGGAGACAGAGGAGAGAGGAGGUGUUAGUGAAGCAGAGGAGACAGGAGAGAGGAGGUGUUAGUGAAGAAGAGGAGACAGAGGAGAGAGGAGGUGUUAGUGAAGCAGAGGAGACAGAGGAGAGAGGAGGUGUUAGUGAAGCAGAGGAGACAGAGGAGAGAGGAGGUGUUAGUGAAGAAGAGGAGACAGAGGAGAGAGGAGGUGUUAGUGAAGCAGAGGAGACAGAGGAGAGAGAGGAGGUGUUAGUGAAGCAGAGGAGACAGGAGAGAGGAGGUGUUAGUGAAGAAGAGGAGAAAGAGGAGAGAGGAGGUGUUAGUGAAGCAGAGGAGACAGGAGAGAGGAGGUGUUAG